UAGGCGGAAAGCAGCAAUCCUCCAGAUAGGUGCAUAAAGGAAUUGGUAUUGGAGACUCCUUUCUCAAUCUCCAUUUCUCCAAUAUCGGCCACUCAACUGCAAACCCUAUCACCACAGCUGAAGCUCCAGAGACCAUGGCGUCUGAAAAGAAUUAUCAGCUAGGCAACGUCCUUGUAAUCGGUGGUUGCGGCUUCCUGGGCCACCACGUCGUCAAUCUCCUGUUGCGAUCCUACUCAUGCUCCGUUUCCGUUGUCGACCUGCGAUGCACUCGGAACCGGAGGCCCGACUCGGACGGCGUCAAGUACUUCGAGGCCGACAUCACCGACUCUGCUAGGCUCCAGUCCAUCUUCGAGGAGGUGAAGCCCGAUGUCGUGAUCCAUACCGCAUCGCCGGCCGCCCAGGGGGAUGACAAGGUUUCCCACGCGCUGUUCCAGAAGGUCAAUGUCGACGGCACGAGGGCCGUGAUUGAGGCUUGCCAGGAGACCAAUGUCAAGGCCCUGGUCUACACGAGCUCGGCCAGUGUCAUAAGCGACAAUGAAAGCGAUCUCAUCAACGCCGACGAGCGGUGGCCGGUGAUCAGGGGCAAGGACCAGACCAACUACUAUUCUGAGACCAAGGCCGAGGCCGAAGAACUCGUCCUCGCGGCCAACAGGGCCGACUCCUCGAACCUCCUCACGGCCGCGAUCCGGCCGUCUGGCAUCAUGGGCGAGGGCGACACGAUGCUGCUCUUCAACCUGAUCCGGAUCUACCAGCAGGGCCGCACGGGCGUCCAGAUCGGCGACAACAACAACCUGUUCGACUUCACCUACGCCGAGAACGUGGCGCACGCCCACCUCCUCGCCGCCCGCGCCCUCCUGCAGACCGCCGCCGCCGCCACCGCCCCGCUCGACCACGAGCGCGUCGAUGGCGAGGCCUUCUUCGUCACAAACGACAGCCCGGUGUACUUCUGGGACUUUUGCCGCGCCGUCUGGGCCGCCGCCGGCUCCGACAAGGGCACCGACCACGUCUGGACCCUGCCCAGCGGCCUCGGCCUCGUCCUCGGCCUGCUGAGCGAGGUCUUCUUCGCCGUCAUCCGCAAGCCCCCGACCUUCAACCGCCAGCGCAUCAUCUACAGCUCCAUGACCCGGUACUACGACAUCAGCAAGGCCAAGAAGCGGCUCGGGUACAGGCCCCUGGUCAGCCUCGAGGACGGGAUCAAGAAGUCGGUGAGGUGGUUCAUGGAGCAGGAGAAGAAUGAGAAGAGCGAGAAGUCCGGUUAGUACGGCGAAGUGUGUCUGUGGGGUGGGGAGAGAUGGGGAAGGAGGCGUUGGGAAAGCAGGCGCUUAUUAUGCUUGGGCUUUGGAGAGAAAGAAACCGAGCUGUGGGCAUUAUUGUAAUAUCGUCGUUGGGAGAUCUUUGAGCUGCUGUAAUGUACAUAUACCCGAAAAAAGGCAUAUUAAUACUGACGACGACGAGAGCCCGUGGCUGGGCUCAUGUAAUUACGCUGGCCAGGUGUGACGCCAUUCAAUUGACUCCCUUGAUCGAGGUUGUGUAGCAAAAGGGGGGGGAGU